AACCCAUGCUGUGAUGACACACUUUUAUUCUAGUGCAACACAAGGACGGAGGGAAUGGAAACUUUCUGUUCGUUUGCGAUCACCGUGAGUCGGUAGCGUACGCGUAGAUGGAGGGUCGGGUGGCACACAGCAGCGUGCGGUCACCGGACGUCAUAUUGUUGUUAAAAUAGAAGGACGAGCAGGAGGGGAAACAUGAGUCGGCAGCAGCAGCAGUCCCAGGGAGUGGUCCUGACGGGUUACCACAGCAACGCAGAACUCUUGGCCAAACCUGGACUGUGUGUGCCGUGUCCAUCAGGCCAGGAGCACCACCCCCCUGCGGCCAGCCGAAAAGCAGGCCACUACAGUGUCCAGCAGAACCACAGCGGCGUUCCUGGGAACAGACAUGGCGGCUCGGUGGAGCCCAAUCCAAACGUAGAGACUCAGCAUCCCCGGUCCUCCGUCUGCUCCAACCCUGGCUCCAGCCCCAAACAACAAAGCCCCAACUCCAGGCUCAGACCUCGACCAGCAUGCCAGCGCUGCAACUCUCAGGACUCGCUGGAUGAGCUGGAGAUGGACGACUACUGGAAGGAAGUGGAGAACAUCACUCGCUCUGCAGGGGCCGCAGCAGAAAAGAAUGAAGGGGAGUCGCAAGACGAGGAGCAGCAGAAAACCCCUGAUGAAGGGGAGCAAGAGGAAGCGUGGCUCACGGAGGCGGGACUUACGCAGCUCUUUGAUGACUCAAUGGCAGCUGACCAGGACCAGGAAGAAGACAGCGCUGUGUUCCUGUCCACGCUGACCAGAACUCAGGCGGCGGCUGUGGAGCGACGGGUGGCUUCGCUGCAUCAAACGCUGCGGCGGCGCAACCGGCAGCACCUCCCCGACGUCAGGGAUAUAUUCAGGCCGCCCGAAAAGUUACAGGACAGAGAGCCACGAGAGGUCAAAGAGAGAAACGAGAGCCCACCAAGCGACUCCAACUCAACCGAAGCAGAGACGGUCAUGAACGUUGACGUGGCAUUUUCAGAGCAGGCGCUCAGCUACAGGGACAACCAGCAUGGCCUUGCCAACAAAACCAGCCCCAACUCGCCAGAUGACAAGUUACCGAACUUUAGGUUACUGAGAGACAAAACUGGCCAGACCAGAAUUGGACAUCUGUCCCCCCUGGAUAUGAAAAAGGUUCGAAGACUCGCUCUGGUGGAGAUGACGGCCCUUUUUGACACAGGCGGCAUCGACCUAAAGGCUCACAAGGCUGGCAAAACCAAAACGAAAGAAAGUGGUCUCUUUGGGGUACCCCUUGUCACGUUACUAGAACAGGACCAGAGGAGGGCCGCCGGGACCAAAGUGCCCUUCAUCCUGCAGAGGCUGAUCAACCACAUAGAAGAAUUAGGAUUAGACACAGAGGGCCUGCUAAGGAUCCCCGGCGCUUCCACUCGAGUCAAGUUGCUGUGCCAGGAGCUGGAGUCCUGUUUCUACGAUGGGACGUUUCCGUGGCAACAGCUGAAACAGCACGACGCGGCUAGCCUCUUGAAGUUGUUCAUCAGGGAGCUGCCGCAUUCAUUGCUGACUGUCGAGUACCUCAACGCCUUCAUCGCCGUUGACAAGUUGCCCACAAAGAAGCAGCAGCUGCAGGCUUUGAACCUUCUGCUCCUUUUGUUACCGGAGGCCAAUCGGGACAGUUUAAAGGCCCUGGUGGAGUUCUUCCAGCGCGUGAUCGACCACCAGGCCAACAACAAAAUGACCCUCAACAAUGUCUCGGUCGUCAUGGCGCCCAACAUCUUCAUGUUCAAGGGAUGUCGCUCAAAGGUCACAGAGCAGCAGGAGUUGUCCAUGGCGACCGGUACGGCCAACAUCAUGCGCCUGCUCAUUAGAUACCAGAACCUGCUGUGGACUAUCCCCAAGUUCAUCCUGACGCAGGUGCGACAGCAGAACAUGGAGAGCCAGCGCAAGCAGAACAAAGAGAAAGCAAUGAGGAAGCUGCUGAAGAAGAUCACCACUGACAAACCACCUGACAAAGCUGUGCCUGAGGAGAGCUCGCAGGGUUUCAUCCGCGUCCAGGCGCCACAGUUCAGCAAAGUAUCCAUGGCUGUUCAGCUCACUGAAGACUUGCAGGCGGCCGACAUACUUACACGCUUUCUCAGCCAGGAUAGUUCUGUGGCAGUGGGGCGAGAGGAGCUGUGUCUCUAUGAGAUUGGCGGAAACAUCAAGGAGAGAUGUCUGGACGGGGAAACCUACAUGAAAGACCUCUUCCAGCUCAACCCAGCAGCAGAGUGGGUCAUUAAAUCGGCACAGUAACGACCACUUUAACCGCAAGACGCCACUGACACCACAAUCUACAGACACCCACUACUUGGUUAUUAUGACCUUCCAAUGCCUUAUAACCACUUCAACUGUGUUUAGUAUUACAAAAAAAGAUUAUAAUAUUAGUUGUGAAAUUUGUCAUGUAUUUCCAAAAUACACACUUGGAAGAUUUGAGCCACCCUAUUUUGACUAUUUUAACUUAAAAUUAUUAUCAAUAUUCUUCUUUUUGUGUACCUGAAUGGCACACACCUUUUUAGAGAUUGGAGGCAAGGACUAUGUUACUUAUAAGGAAGCAUAGCCUCGUCAGCAGUGAGCUUUCAUCACCCAAAAAAUGUAUCCGCUAAAAGGGGCAUGCAGUGAAUGAUUUACAGACCAAUCUUAACACAUAAAAACAAAAACAAACGUAUCUUGAAAAUAAUGAUUGAACCAAGCCUUGUACUUGUUUUGUUUACUGUGAUUUGUAUAAUUAUUGGUGAUGACAUUCUUUUAUCUACUUUUCAAAACACCACUUAAGCUGCCUGUAAAUAAACAUUUACAUCUUAAAAGUG